AUGACGAAGUUGAGCAUUGUUCUGAAGCAGGAUGAGGCCUUGAGCAAGAUGUGCCAUGCCCUCCCAUCAGCAUGGCCAAAGCUCCGCAGGGCAUCCAAGUUGUACAUGUGGCGCUUGGACGAUCCAAAGCUUCAUGCACUUCAGACCACAUUGAUCGAGGACCUCAAUUUGGUCUUUGUUGACUUGCAUGAAUUGUGCGAGAGAGGUGAUGCAGAGUGCGUGUGGAUCCUCCUGUCCCAGGGCAUGAGUGUGAAGCUCCGAGAUGCGGAAGGUGCCACCCUGAUGCAGAAGGCAACCCACAGUGCCCGCAUUCCAAUCUUGAAGCUCAUUACCGAAAAGGGUGGCAACUUGAACGCCAAGGGCUCCUAUGGCUAUACUCCGCUUCAUGAAGCUUGCUAUCUUGGACACGAGGAGGUCUGUGAGUUCCUUCUGAUGAUGAAGGCGAAUGUGGAUGCUUUGAGCAAGAACGGCUCGACCCCUCUUCUGGUGGCAGCGCGAGAAGGACAUACAAGAGUCUGCAAGGCUGCUGGCGCUCGGCUUGGCUGCUACCGCGAGUUGCGCGGUAGGCUCUGGUCUGCAGGGCCUUUGGAGGAGGAGAUCGAGAUCCUGCUCGGUCGGUGGCAAGAGAAGGUCAGAAGGCUCUGA